AUGGAUGACUUCUUAAAGCGUCGGGCAAGUUUAUAUAAACAUGCUAGUGAAUUGAUUGGGGAUUUUGAUGUUGACAUGGGAAUAAUAAUUUUUUCUCCCGCCGGUAAGCCUUACGCUUUUUUCCACCCUACAGAUGAUGUUGUUGUUAAUCGUUUUUUAAAUCCAGAUAUGAAGCUUAGUGAAAAUAGUACCCUUGUUGCUGAAAAAACUCAAAAAACAGUGAACUAUCUCGAAUUUCGGCUUCACGAGUAUGAUAUGAUAGAAGCUGCUGCACGUGAUCGAAAACUUGCACUCGACAAAAUUUCUGUCAAGAAAAACUGGUUUGAUUCUAUUGAGAGUUUUGAUGCAGAGAAGAUGGCGAAAUUUGAUGUUAUUUUGGAAACCAUUAUUUUUAAUUUGGAAAUUCGUUUGGAACAGUUGGAAAAAGGUGCUUCUUCCUCUGCACGAGACCCUCCAGGAGAUGCUAAUUAA